AAGUAGGCUUGUUCAGCGAAGCCUGCGUACGUGAGAUAACGCCUGUUGAGAACGGCGGCAGGAAACCGUUUUUUUUUUUUAAUUCGAGAUUUGAAAUAAGGACUUUGUUUUUCGCAGUGUGUUCUUGUGUCUGACAGUGUGUGGUGGUGUUUGAAGGAGCUGAAAAUAUUUUUUUAAAACCAUGAAGCCCCUGAUACGGGUGGUGGUGGCGAUCUGCCUGGUAAUCUCCACACGAGCGUUGCCGAACAUUGCUGAAGUCAACGAACUUCAAGAGAAGAGCGCUCCAGCCAUCGAGACAGAAGAUGACGACUCACAGAGCAGAGCGGAGCGCUGCACCACGUGUGGACCUAACCUAAGCUUCAAAUCUCCGCACCAGGUGUUAGCCGCCUUACAGGCGCUUCCUGGUGGCGAGGUUCACACGCAGUCCUCAUUCGAAGGCUGUUCCUCUGACAAAGGAUGCGCCGGCAUCCGAGUCAAAGACGGAAAAGUCCUCGAGAAGUUUGGAAACAUCGACGCGUUCAGACAAGCAGCCGCCGCUGAUGUUGGCAAUGAGUUCACAUUCCACGCGGCGGAGUCGUUUGGAAGCGGGGUGUUGCAGGGAGGUAUACCCAAAGAGGGGCCUUUCUGGUGGAUGAAUGAGAACUCCCCGUUCAAGGCUGGCGCUGGCGGCGCUGGCUACGAGAAGUUCAGCAGCUCCAGCUCAUCAUACUCCAGCAAUGGAGCGGCUGGAGGCGCUAACGGUGCCGGUUUCGGCGCGAACUUAGACUUGGCGCAAAACCCCUUCCUUAAUGGAGAGAGCGCAAAAUUCGGGUCAGGAUUCACGAGCCAGGGCGGCGCCAUCAACGGAGGCUCCAGCCAGUUCCAGGAAUCCUCCAGCUCGGUUGUGAAACCCUCAAACGGAUACCAGCAGUCGUCUUUCGAAUCCUCUUCCUUUUCCUCCUCAAGCAACAAGAACGGAGAGGUCGACAUAUCCAAAAACCCCUUCCUGAACGGUGGCUUUAAGAACCAGGCUGGAUUCGCCGGCCAAUCAGCUUUCGCCGGCCAAGGCGGUUUCGGUGGCGCCCAAAACGCUGGGUCUCAAGGCUACUCCUCCUCAUCUGGCAGCAAGUACUCCAGCUCUGGCUACACCGGUUCCUCUCCAUCUCCGUUCACUGCCUCCACGGCUGGUUCAAACAUCAACCUGAUUCAGAACACGCAGAAGGCGAGUGAGUUCGACUACGAACAGCAGCAACAGCAGCAGAACAUCGACGAGAUAUUCCAAGAGACGGGGAAUGUCCAUCAUGAGCACAACAACGGAGGGGAGCUGCAGCAGACCUGCGCUGGCCAGGGCUAUGUCUGCGUCCACCGCGCUCAGUGCAACAACGGAGUUGUCAACACAAACGGAGCUGGCAUCCUGCAAGCCAAGACUAAGAAGCAGUACUGCAACACAAAGACUGAAAUCUGUUGCCGCAUCGAGAUCUCGACCCUGGCGGGAGCUGGCGGUCUACAAGGCUCGCUUGGAGUAGGCUCAGCCACCUUCUCCGGCUCAGGCUCUCAGGCGCAAGGAGGCGGCAGCAUCUUCGCCACCACCGGCCAGCAAGCUGGUGCUUCAGGGUUUGAAGCCAGCGGCUCCAACCAAAGAGGCCAGGGCGCCUUCGGAGGCCAAGGACAAGGCAACUUCAACACCCAGACAUCGACCUUCGAGUCUUCGUCUUUCGGGUCCAGCAACAGAGGAAACAACUUCGGCGCUGGAGCGACAGGACAAGGAGCCAAUGGCUUCAACGCGCAGGGAUCAGCAGCGAAUGGGUUCAACGCUCAAGGACAGAAUGGAUUCAACAACCAGGGAUCGUCGUCCUCGUCUUUCGGAUCCAACACUUUCGAGUCUAGCCAGGGUUCCUUCGGCAGCAACAGCCAAGGUGCUUUCGGGACCAACAACCAAGGUCAGGGCGCUUUCGGCAACAACCAAGGCGCUGGUGCUCAGGGAGCGAAUGGAUUCGGUGGAUCCCGGGGCGUGACCACGAUUGAGACCAGCUCAUUUGAAUCCUCUUCCCGAGGAGGCUUCGGUGGAAACAAUGCAGGAAACAACGGCAACGGCGCCGGCAACAAAUUCGGAGCUGGCUCCGGAUUCAACGCCAAUGGUUUUGCUGCCACUGGCUCAGGAAGCACCUUCGGUGCUGGAUCAAACACUAACAAGUUUGGCCAAUCUGGCUUCAACAACAACAACAACGAGGUCAUCAAGACAACGAACACUCAAACGAACUUCGUCGAAACCGACACUUUCUCUUCUGGAAGUGAAGUCAAUGGCAUCUACCGACCUGGCGCAGGGCCUGGACUCAAACCUGGAGUACCUUACCUGCCGCCUGUUGACAACAGCAACAGUGGCUCUUCAGUGAUCAGCUCCACUGCGUUUGCGUCCACACCCAUCCCCACUACCCCAAGGCCUAUCUACACUACUCCCAGGCCGACCUACCUGCCUCCUUCCACCGCGGCUCCAGGAUACCUGCCCCCGGAAGGAGAACAGACCAUCAACACGGAGACCAGGGUUCCCGGACCUACUUACAAUGAAGGAGAGCUGAUUCUGGACGCCAACAGAUUCCCCAACAGGCCGAAGAAACCAGUGACUCCACAGAACCUUGACAUCCCGUCCGGAUGUGCCGCCGCUCUGAAGUGUACCCCCAUUGAGUUCUGCACAGCCGAGGGAGUGAUGUCCAACACUACUGUCGCCUUGACCAGGGACCAGGAAGCCUUCAGGGUGCCUUUGACUGACUGCAAAGACGUUGAGACCGGCGUCAUUGGCAAGUGCUGCCGUGACCCGAACUACUCAGACCCGUGGCCAGUGAACCUCAUCGGUAAAUGGACCGAGGGAGUGUUCGGUGGAAACGACGGCAAAUACACCCCCGACAGCCGGGGGAGCCCCAACAUCGUGCGUCCGGUCACCGUCCGGCCUGCCGUCACCGGAUCCGUCUUGUUGAACAACUUCAGAACUCCAAAACCCACAACGGUGCCGAUCGGACCUAACCAGGUGACUCCGGGGUACCCCGCCACCACCGUGUCUCAAGGAGCCUACACACAGAAGGGCCAGUACGAGGUCAGGGGUCAAGGUCAAUACGGACAAGGCAGCCAGGUCACUGUCGGACAGGGUGGUCAAGGACAGUUCGCUCAAGGCGGUCAAGGCGCCAUUGGAUCCACAUCCUCAUUCAGCCAGAGCUCAUUCAGCCAAACCCAAGGAGGAGCUCAAAAGGGCUUCAACCAGAGAGGUCAAGGCCAGCUCGUCUCUCAGGGUCAAGGCCAAAUUGUGUCGCAAGGUCAAGGUCAGAUUGUCUCUGGCGGCCGCGGACAGUACGCUAACGUUGGACAAGGACAGAUUGAAAUCCAAGAACAGUCUGGACAAUCGCAAUUCACAUCCGUCCAAGGACAGCGCAACCAAGGUCAACUCGUAUCUAAGGGUCAAGGACAACUUGUAUCUCAAGGACAGGGCCAGAUUGUCUCUCAAGGACAGGGCCAGAUUGUUUCCCAAGGACAAGGCCAGAUUAUCACUCAAGGUCAAGGCCAACGAGUAUCUCAAGGACAGGGUGCGUUGAUCAGCCAAGGAGGCGGAGCUAUCGUCAGCCAAGGUGCUGGAGCGUCAGUAACUAGGGGUCAAGGGCAAUACGUAUCUCAAGGAUCUGGAUUCGCUGUAUCCCAAGGUCAAGGUCAGGGCAUCCGUCAAGGACAAGGCUUCGCAGUCUCUCAAGGACAAGGCUUCGGAGUUGAAAACGAGUACAGUGAAUCCAUUCAGAGGGUGUUCCUCCAGAGAUACAACGGAGGUGGACAGUGUGGACUCUUAACUGGUCAGAAGCCGUACGGAAACCGCAACGAGCUGGAGGUAGACUUCGCGGAGAUCCCGUGGCAGGCCAUGGUGCUGCUGCAGACCAACAAGAGCCUGUUGUGUGGAGGAGUCAUCACCAGGCCUGAUGUGGUGGUGACUAGCGCCGCUUGCGUUGAGGGCCUCCAAGCCAAGAAUGUGCUGAUCAAGGGAGGAGAGUGGAAGUUGGGCAUCGAUGACGAGCCUCUGCCCUUCCAAAUCGUGCAAGUCAAGCACAUCCUGAGACACCCCUUCUACAAGGCUGGUAGCCUCCAGUAUGACGCUGCUAUCCUGGUCCUGACUGAAAACCUGCGUCUAGCCAAGAACAUCUACCCGAUCUGUCUACCAGGAGCGCAGGAGACCCUAGACGGUUUCUACAACGGAGCGGGAGAGUGCAUGGUCACCGGCUGGGGGAAACAGGUGUUGCAAGCUCAUCUCCAAGGCAGCAUCCUGCACAGCAUGAACAUCAGCCUGAUCAACCCCGGCGAGUGCCAGGCCAAGCUGUCUCAGGAUUACCCUCACCUGCUUGAGCAGUACGACCAGGACAGCUGCGCUUGUGGACAGCCCACCAACCCUAUUAACAACAUUUGCAGGGUGGAUAUCGGAAGUGCUCUGGCCUGCACCAUGGGAGACGGACACUUUGUCCUCCGCGGUGUCUACUCUUGGGACUCAGGAUGCCAGCCUGGCAACCAGUUGGCCGCAUUCUACAAAUUCGACCUUGAAUGGUACGAAUGGGCCAUUGGCCUGAUCGAGAGUGCCAGAUUCGCACAGUUCUCAUCCAGCAGCCAGUCUUCCCAGGUCUCUGGCCAGCGAUUCUCUGGCCAGAUCAACGCUGGCACCAAGGGGUCUCAGUACUCUGGUGUUAAAGGAGGAGUUAAGGGUGGAUUCUCCGCUUCAGCUUCAGCGACGGCAUCGAGCUCCGGUUUGAACUCAGGUUUCGGUGGUUCAAAGACCAACUUCGGAAGCCAGUACCAAGGAGGCCAGUUCAGCCAGUUCCAGAGCAGCAAAUUCUCUGAAUCCAGCGGAUCGGGAGGCAUCAACUACCAGACCCAGAUCAAGCCCAUCCAGAACAGCUUCUCAGCCACCUACACCGAGAAGAAGGUUUACCAAUCGGAACCCAAAAUCAUCACCUACACGACCAAACCGGAAAUUAUUACCUACACAACCAAGCCCGAGAUCUUCACCUACACUACCAAGCCGAAAAUUGUGACCUACACGACCAAGCCUCAAAUUAUUACUUACGAGACUUCGGGGUCAGGGCAUAACCCUCAAUAUGUGGCCCCUGGGGUCACAUUCAACCCUUCUUUCUCGGAGCUAGUCGGCACACACACUCACAGCGCCAAAUGCAAGUGCCUAGACCAGAACAAGAAGUAAAUAAAAAAAGUAUUUAUUUAGAAAUUGGUCAAAAAAAUAUUGAGCAAAUGUGCCAUAAAUUUUUGAAUGUUCGAUUUUUGUUUUUUGAAACACUUUUUUGUCAAGUCAUAAGUAAUUGCAGUUUUUAAAGGCCGUUCGAUUUUUCAGGUUCUUUUCUACAAGUAAAAAAAGGUUUUACUGUAAAUAGAUAGGGUUAUAUUUAAUGAAUAUGUAAUGUAAGUUAAUUGUUAUAUAUGAUUUUCUUAUAACUGCCACUUCUAUUUAGUACAUUUCUUCAAUCCAGCUAAAUAUUUUAGUUACUGGUUAUUUUAUUUGUAUACUUAAUUCGCUUUUUAUAAGAGCUUAUACUUAGUAUUUUUAUAUAAAUACCUAUAAGUAUAUACAUUGUCUUGUGAUAAGUAAAUUUCUACUGAUAAUUAGAGUUUUGACCAUGUUGGGAUCAUUUCCCAACAUGGUCGACUGUCUAAUAUUAUUGGACUAUAGUCGUUAAAGUAAAUUAAUAAGUAUAAGUAAAAAUAAGUUUUUUAUGUAAAGUAUGUAAGUAAAUUAAGAUAUAUCUUCAAGCACGUAUUUAUAUAUUUGAACACAAUUUGAAAUGUAUUUGAAAUAAUGAUAUACUUUUUUAUUCAGAAUAAAUAAAAUGGAAGUAUUUUAUACAAUA